ACGAAACCUUAUUUGCCGGAAGUGGGAAGAAGAGAGGGAAGUCUAACCCUCUCCCAGGGUCUUCAAGUUUAGGGCUGGGGGCUGAUUGUCGCUAAAAAGCUCAGAGGUGCUCUGGUGGAUACAAUUCCUCGCUUUGCGAAAAGAGGCUAGAACGCGCGCUGAGGUCCGUUUUGUCGUCUGAGCAACAAAGCCUUGGGGGUUAAAUAUCGUUGGCCCCGUUUUAGAAGGAAGACAUUGAGUUCCAGGGUGUAUCCUGUGUUUACUUGACGGGGGACUCCGAGUCCAGUUCUGUCGUUUUCAACUUAAACAGGUAACAUGGAGGCACCUCCAGUCACCAUGAUGCCUGUCACCGGGGGCACCAUUAACAUGAUGGAGUACCUGCUGCAGGGAAGUGUUUUAGAUCACAGCUUGGAAAGCCUCAUCCACCGCCUUCGUGGUUUGUGUGACAACAUGGAACCGGAGACUUUCCUUGACCAUGAGAUGGUAUUCCUCCUUAAGGGCCAGCAGGCCAGUCCGUUUGUUCUAAGGGCUCGACGCUCUAUGGAUAGGGCAGGGGCACCCUGGCAUCUGCGCUACCUGGGACAGCCAGAAAUGGGAGACAAGAACCGUCAUGCCCUGGUGCGUAACUGCGUGGACAUUGCAACAUCUGAGAACCUUACUGACUUCCUGAUGGAAAUGGGUUUCCGCAUGGACCAUGAGUUUGUUGCCAGGGGACACCUGUUCCGUAAGGGCAUCAUGAAGAUCGUGGUGUACAAGAUCUUCCGCAUCUUGACACCAGGGAACACAGACAACACUGAGGCCUUGUCACUCUCCUACCUUGUGGAACUAAGUGUUGUUGCACCAGCUGGGCAGGAUGUGGUGUCUGAUGACAUGAGGAACUUUGCAGAGCAGCUGAAACCUCUGGUUCACCUAGAGAAAAUAGACCCCAAAAGGCUCAUGUGACAAGGCAGUCUGUCCACCACUGGGGCUUGUCCUCAGCUGUUACAAAAAAAGAAGAUGUUAUAAUUGCCCUAUUUCACCACUGCUAGCCAGGCAUUCUUCCCUCAGGAAGGAGGACAAUGAGAACUUAGUUGGUUCUUUGCACUGUUUUCCUUAUAUGGCCAGUUCACUUUUGUGACAGCCUUUCUAAAUUAAAGGCUAAGGAUGACAUGGAGAAUCUAGAUAAUCCCUCUGCAUAAAGAGGGGAAACUGGAAUAAAAUAGCUUUGGGGAAUAAAAAUCUUUUAAUUGUUUUGCCAUUUGUGUGUAAGGUUUGUAAAACAGAGACUGAGUUUGUAUUGUGCAGUAAUAAAGGCUAUAAAGAGAAAUGUC